AUGACUACAGAGGAGGCAUCGCAGGCCGAGCUGGAUGAUAACGGCCUGCCAGGGCCAGGAGCACCUACGCCCCUGUCUGCCCUCGAGGGCGUUGGGGGCCUAACCGCGCGAGAUAUCAAACUGAUUACCGAUGGAGGCUUUCAUACCGUCGAGGCAGUGGCAUAUACGCCAAAGCGGGUGUUGGAGCAAAUCAAAGGAAUUUCAGAACAAAAGGCUACAAAGAUACUGACAGAAGCGGCUAAAAUCGUGCCUAUGGGGUUCACGACUGCGACCGAAAUGCACUCUCGUCGAGCGGAUUUGAUAUGUAUAACUACUGGCUCCAAGCAGCUUGACACCCUUCUUGCCGGCGGCAUCGAGACAGGGUCCAUUACAGAACUCUUUGGCGAAUUUCGAACAGGAAAAAGUCAAAUAUGUCAUACCCUAGCUGUCACUUGUCAGCUACCCUUCGACAUGGGUGGUGGUGAGGGUAAAUGCCUCUAUAUCGAUACCGAAGGAACGUUUCGACCCGUGCGUCUGUUGGCCGUAGCACAACGGUAUGGUCUCGUCGGCGAAGAAGUGCUAGACAACGUCGCUUAUGCUCGUGCCUACAACUCCGACCACCAGCUUCAAUUGCUCAACCAGGCAUCCCAGAUGAUGUGCGAGACGAGGUUCUCCCUUCUCAUUGUUGAUUCUGCCACCUCGCUCUACCGGACGGAUUUCAGCGGCCGUGGAGAGCUAUCGUCAAGACAGAACCAUCUGGCUCGAUUCAUGCGCACCCUGCAACGUCUUGCCGAUGAAUUCGGAGUCGCUGUUGUAAUUACUAACCAGGUUGUUGCACAAGUUGACGGUGGACCAAGCGCAAUGUUCAAUCCUGAUCCCAAGAAGCCAAUCGGCGGUAACAUUAUUGCCCACGCGAGUACCACGCGACUGAGUUUGAAGAAAGGCAGAGGGGAGACCCGAAUUUGCAAGAUCUACGACAGCCCGUGUCUUCCAGAGAGUGACUGUCUGUUUGCCAUUAAUGAAGAUGGCAUCGGGGAUCCUAGUCCUAAAGAUCUAGAGAAGGAACCAUGA